CUUAAAAAAGAGAUUAUACAAGAAGAAGAGGAAGAAGAAGAAGAAAUUUGAGUUGGAAAAAAGAGUGAAAAUAAUUAAUUAAUAUGCCGGAAUUGGGAGGAGGGCUAGUGGAGUUACCAUUGAAGCCACACUUUGUGUUGGUGCAUGGCAUAAGUGGAGGAAGUUGGUGUUGGUACAAAAUCCGGUGCCUCAUGGAGAAUUCCGGCUAUAGGGCGUCUUGUGUUGACCUGAAAUCCGCCGGCAUCGACCGAUCCGACGCCGAUUCGGUCCUCACUUUCGACGACUACAAUGAGCCCCUCAUGAAGUUCAUGUCUGCUUUGCCUGAAAAUGAACAGGUGAUUUUAGUAGGGCAUAGUGCAGGAGGGAUGAGUGUAACCUGGGCAACUCAGAAGUUUGCAAAGAAGAUUCGUUUAGCCGUAUAUAUAGCUGCAACAAUGCUGAAACGAGGGUACUGGACUGAUCAAGAUGUCAAAGAUGGCGUACCAGAUUUAUCCGAAUAUGGUGAUGUGUAUGAGUUAGGGUUUGGACUUGGAAAUGAUAAACCUCCGACCAGCGCUGUUAUUAAGAAAGAGUUUCAACGCAAAAUCGGAUACCACAUGAGCCCUCAAGAGGAUUCUACCUUAGCUUCUAUGCUUUUGAGGCCAGGGCCCCUCCAAGCAAUAAUGUCGGCCCGGUUCACUGAGGACCCUGAUGUGGACAAGGUACCACGUGUCUUCAUCAAGACGUUGCAAGACCGAGUAGUGAAACCAGACCAACAAGAUGCAAUGAUAAAGAGAUGGCCACCGUCCGACGUGUAUACUUUAGACAGUGAUCACAACCCCUCAUUCUCAACUCCGUUUCUGCUCUUUGGCUUGCUAGUAAAAUCUGCAGCCUCUGCUGGAUAUUGCAUCUAGAAAUUCGUGUAAUAUUUCUUGUUGCUUCAUUUAGAAGACAAUAUAAAUCAAAAUUUGGCAUCACCUUUAAAUGUUUAAUUAGAUUGAU